CCAUGAUGAAGUACUCACAACAACGAUGAUCAUGGAAGCAUACUCUGAGACACGAGUAGAUCUUGUAGAGGAUGUUAAGAGGACGGUACUAGACUAUAUAUCGCUCCCCUCGGACCUUAAAGCCCUGUGUCUGACUAGCAGAUCUUGGCGCGACGUUACCACCAAAUGUUUGUAUACAAAUAUCGUCCUUGACAUUCGAUUCCGUGACGGACAGCUUUCGACAUUCGAUCGUUGCCUCAAACACGGCGCUCUAGAAUACCUACAGCAUGCGAGGACCCUCACUCUUCUAGACACGUCAAAGCAUAACCCUUGCUCCACUGUGCGUGGUGAUGAUGUGGUUCCUGAAGGCUCAGUGUGGAGUUCGCGGAAUGAGAUGGAUGAGUUGUUGUUGCACAUUCUGCACCAGUUUCCAAGGCACAUACUCCGAACGUUUGGCUAUAUCUCUAAAGUCAAAAUCAGUACGGCAUGUCUCGAUCUGAUCAAUGAACGCCAACAGUCGAUUCAGAACAUGCAUGUUACCAAGUGCGAUCCUCGCCAGCUGAUCGCCCCUUCAAGGCACUGUAUUACUGCAGGCUUUCAUGAUGAUGAAUUAAAGACUCGCGGAUAUCUCCAACUUGCUCAGGCUCUGCCUCCCCUUGACUUUCUGCAUCUUAUCUUCUGGUCUGGUUGGAGCUCCGCAGUAUGGGAGUACUGGGAUGACCCGCAUCCGCACAGCCUCAUUGGUGACCGAAAGAUAUUGGCCAGACAACUCACCCUGACUGGAUAUAUGCCGCCAUCGUUCACAUCUAAAAUAGGACUCCACUUUGAUUGGUCCAUAGUGACAAGCUUGACAUUACUCCAAAGCUAUGUAUGGCCACCUGACCAACUUGCCCAAAUCACGGAAUUACAGCAUCUGACACAUUUCCACCUCAACACCAGCGCGGCUCUCCAACUCGACAGUGCUGAAAGCUUAUAUCAGCUCUUUGAACGCAACAAGAGCCUCCAGAGUGUCCACCUCGGCCUAAGCCAGCUCGCAACGUUGUCUCUGUCAUGGUUCCCCGAAAAGAAAGAUCGUAUUCCCGGUCGUGUACUCCACAAAGCGUAUCUUUGGCCCCUGAGGCAUAGCCUCAAAUCUUUGUCUCUCCAUGACCCUAUGCUUUACCGUGAUUAUCGCGAUAUGCACAGUUCACCCGGCAUAUUUUCUUAUGGAAGAUUCAAAUCCAUCUGUGGAAACUUUCCCCAUCUGCAACAACUAGCCUUACAGGUACCUAGUACUUAUGCAAAGCUGUCAGAGCACGGAGUCCCUCGGACCUAUGUGAAAUGUAUCAGGCAACUCAAGGAUCUGCGCAUCUUACACUUCCACCAGCAGCGACUGGCGAUAGUUCCCCAGUCCAACACCAGUGGGAAAUAUACAAUGGCCUCUAAAAUCCAUGCUUUCGCUAACAGCUUGUUCCAAUGGUCACACACCAAAUGUCCUAGCCUGAGAGUGUUUAUCUGGGGUAUGACCGGCAAGCCGGACGAGGCACACGAAGAGAUGGUACGCGACACCUUGCGGGAAGGCCAAACUUUGGAGCGAGUUCCUCAGUUCCUGUUUGUGAAGAGACAGAGGAAACUAGAUUGUGGAAACACGCAGGUGUAUGCGGCUACUGUGACGCCUAGUCAACUCCGAGAAGAAGUUCCUGAACUCGACCUGCUGUCAUACGAUGCUGGAGAUCCGGAGCUGGACCUUAUCGCGCAACGAACCGGCUGGUAGCAAGCAUGCCUGGUUCGAAAAGAUGACCAACUUCCGAUUUAACAAGUCAGCAAGUGAUGCCUUGAAAAUAAGUUUUCUAUUGAUGUUACUUGAGGAAUGAAGUUUUGCUAUCUCCACUCUAUUAACCGCCAUGUCGUCUACUGCCGUGAGGACAAUGCUUAGAUUGACCACUACCUGCUUUGUGCAAUUUCGACCGUAGAAGUAUCUGCACCAUCCUCAAGUUGUUGUGUUACUAUGACAGCUACUUUUCGGAGACUGUGUGUUGUCUCGAAUUAACGCGAGGAUGCUUUGUAACUCUAUGAAAUAUGUUAAGGAGGUCGC